AUGAAAAGACUGCAAGUGACAGAGAGCAGCUUUGACAGCGGUCCUCUGUCGGCUAGGAAGGCAAGAAACCUUCCUCCGAUCUUUCCCAAGGGGCUCAUCGUGAGCUUCAAGGCGGAUGGCAAGAGAACAUCCAUGACGCUGUCAUCUGACAGGUCCAGUCUCGUGCCAUACAUCCCUGAGGAGGGAAGGACUGUUCGCCCCGCUCCUAAUCUACAGGAGGAUUCAGCAUCUGACGUCUAUGACUCCCCCGCUUUGUCCUCCCCUGGCAUGUCUGCUCAGACCUCGAACAUCUCCGAGCACAGAGAUAACCUGAGGGCGCAUGCGCAGUCUGAGGUGAAGGCCAAGAUAGACGAGCUACAGCAAGGGCACGUGCAGAUGAAGGAGAAUAUGAUGAAGGAGAAUAUGAUCAGGGCCGAGUACCUUGCGAGCAACUUCACUGGGAAGCAUGAUAGCGGGGAAGACAAUAGCUCCCAGCUCUUCUCGAGGACCGGAAGUCAGACCUCAACGGCGUCGUCGGCCAACGAGUUUUUCCUCACUGAGGUUGAGAACGCCGAGGACUUUGCGUCGAAAUUUGCAUCAGUGCGGAGGAAGACUUCGAUCGUGCUGAGCAGCAUACAGAGAUCUAUCGAUCAGAAAAGUGUGUUCAAUGCUGAUGUUGGGGAUAACUCUCGUGAGAUCGUGCAAGACGGGUUGUCGCGAGACACCUUUCAGAGCAAGAUUCCAUCAUCCUCUCAAGCAGAGGAGACGACUGUAAAUGUUGAGGAGAAGGUUGUAACGGCACAGGCAGCAGCAGCAAGUCCACUCAUAGAAACGGGUGGAGAAAGUCAGCAGUUCGAAGAGGGCAAUGUCGAAACGCAAACUGCCGCAGACUUGGAGAAGGAGGAGGAGCAGAGCUUGGUGGGCGGGAGUCGACAACGUACACAGCAGGAGGAGAGGAAGGCAGAAGCUCCUGUUUUAGACAGACUUGUGGUGGAGCAUGACAUAGAGCCGACCGAAGGCAGAAGUCAAGGGGUGUUCGAAGAGAUCGCAACGUCAGCGGGUCAGAGCGGAACAAAGGCGCUGACAGUCGAGUCUGCAUUGACGGAGCUUUAUCAACUCCAUGACCUCAAGGCUCAGAUCUCCCGGUCAAACCUCGCCCACAUCUACGACUCUGCGCAGCAGGAGAGGACGGGCUGGAAGAAGAAGAUCCGGACGCUGAGCACGAAGAUGUCUCAGAUCUCGUUCCCCUAUGCCCUCUUGGUGUAUCAGCCGAUGACAGACAAAGUCACCCUCCUCUCUGUGUGGGGAGAGUCCAUCUCCGAGGUAUCGUCUUGUCCUUUCUCCGAUGUGAUUGUCAAGAAGCGUGGGGAACGGACAGACGGCAGCUCCAACAUCCCUGCCGGGACUGUGCAGAUUCGCAUCCCUUCUGUCUCCGCGCUCCCUCCUACCGUCCUUUUCCCUGUGGAUGUCUGGACCAAGAUCGUGGAGGGAAGGAGCCAGAGGAAUAUUCAUCGCACUCCUCCUCCUCCUCGCACUGGUGCUCGCUCUGCGGACUUCACUCGCAGCCUCUCGAGGACUUCCUCGAGCCUCGACGGGGCCCGGGCAAGGAGCCUGCGGGACAGAGCGGCCACGUCGUCCUCUCAGAAGCUGGUGGAGAAAGACCUGCCGAAGACAGUUGAGGAGCUACGUAGGCUGAACAACUACGUUGGUUUCGUGAUUCCGGGAAUGCACGAUGAUGUGAAUGUUGAGAUUGUCCCUCUGCACCUCAGCGGGUCCGUCUCCUCCUGGUCUCCCAACGACGGGCAUCAGGAGCAAGAGAUCAUGCCGGGGGUCAGCAAAACGAUUGUAUCGGGGGCUACACCGCAAGGGGACAAGAUCAAGACAGAUUCUCUAGAGGCAGGAAAGGGUCAGAAAGAGGACAAGGGGGCCGAGGACUCUGGUGACAAGGACAGAACGUUUACAAUCAAGGAAAGUGCAGAGCUUUCACCCACCAACAAACUUCGUUUUGCUGAGGUCGUCGCGCUCUGCGAGGAUCUUUUCAUGGACGAGCUGGGAAUGGACAGUCUGGUUGACAUCAGUGACGUCGGACCUGACCAUGUUUGA